AUGCGUUUCGAUUUCGACACGCUCGGCUGUUUGUACCUGAUCGCGAUUCCGUUCGUUGUGCAGCCGUUCCUCUCGUGUUGGCUCACUCCGUACGUGAACGACGACGAUGUGAGCGGAUACGUCGACGAGCGCUUUCGAAACGUUUUGGACGCGUUUCGGUGCGUUCAUUCAUCAUGACUGUGACUCGUUCAAGUAGUUCAAGUUUCAGACGAAAUUUCGGACAAGGCGAGGAGCGCGAGGGUGCCGCGUUCGCCGUCUUCUACAAAGGAAGAGAGGUGGUGAAUGUGUGGGGUGGCUACGCGGAUAAAGAGUCCCGAAGACGAUGGCAGCAAGACACAAAGUCGGUCAUGUUCUCCGCCUCAAAAGUGAGUCGAAACACACGUUUUCGGAGCCGCGCGCUCCGGGCCGGCCCGAAAUUUUCAAAACUCCGGCCCGGCCCGUCCCGGUUCAAAAAGCGGGAAUCCAAAUUUUUAACUAUUGAUUAAAUAAAAUGUUUGUUUUUUUGUAGAACUAACGAAUUUUGCAAGUAUCGAGCAUAAAAAAGAAAUGUAGUUCUCAAAAAUAGUUUUUAUUGGCAAAUUCGAUAAAAUUUUUAUAUAAAAAUUCAGUAUAAUAAUCCGAAAGUUGGAAAAAAAUGGCUAAAGAGCGCGCGCGACCGUAAUGUCGGAGUGUCGUAGUUUUUUUUUAAAUUUUGAUCCCCGCAAAAAAAAAACGAAAAAAUUUGAAUUCGCGCCUUUUGAGCCGGCCCGUAAUUUCGCAAGUCUGCUUUUCCUAGGCUAUCAGCUCAAUAGUGAUCGCGGUGCUCGUCGAUCGUGGAAUGUUGAGCUACGCGGACCGCGUCGUCGAUUACUGGCCCGAAUACGGGCGGUACGGAAAAAACGCGACGACUGUCGAGGAUGUGUUGAGCCAUAAGGUAAUCGGAAAAUAGAUAUAGCUACGGCGACCAAAAACGUAGAAAAGGGCGUGGGGCCUAACGUGCACGGUUUAUCACCAUUUUGGCGCGAAAUUCGAAAUUUAACCCCAUUUUUCACGUUUUUCGUCAAAAAUUACCCAAAUUUUGUACGAUUUCGACGAUGUAAUUGCAUAACUUUGUUAAACUAAUCAUAGCGCACUUUUUGAGCUUAAAACCAGCAGGUUUCAUUCGGAAAUGAAUCAAUUGAAUCGAUUUUCAAGUUUUGUGCUGAAAAUGCGCGAAUUUCAGUCAUUCGCCGAUACUUUUUGCCGUUUGAACGCUUAAAAUACUUGUAUUAACGUGCUUAAUCACUUUCGACACUCACUUCGUCUCAAAACUAUCCACAUCGGCCGGUAUGAAAAUUCCGAAAUUACGGCGGCGAUUGGCCGCGGAGAGCGUAUUGCGAAAUAUGCCAAAAACGUCUCAAACGCGGCGUUUUCACGAAAAUUUCAAUGUUUUCUCACAUUAAUGUCCUCUUACGUCGAUAUCAAACAUAAAAAUAUCGGAAAAGUGCUGGAAUUGCGGCAAUUUUCAGAAAACGCGUCUCAGAUUAGGCCACGCCCCUUUCUACACUUUUGGUCGCCGUGAUAGUGCAAUUUCUUUGCAACAGAACAAGUUCUAGGCCGGUCUUCCCUACCUUUCCGAGCGCAUUUCCAUAUCGGACGUGAAGAACGGCAUGAAAAUGAUGCAGAAAGUGGAGAACUCGGUGCCAGCGUGGACGCCGGGCACCGCUUCCGGCUACCACGCCGUCACUUUCGGCUUCAUCCUCGACGGGCUCGUGCGAAAAGUCGAUGCGCGUGGCAGAGACAUUCGCACGUUCUUCGAGGAGGAAAUCGCGGCGCCGCACGGCCUCGACAUUCAAAUCGGAGCCCGAAAGCCCGAGGCGCCGUUUCUGGCGCGAUUGACGAUGCCGUCGUUGUGGGAGUUCACGCGCGACAUCAUCAAGGACCCGAAAAUUCUCGUCAUGCUCUUUUUUAUGUACGUUCGGUUCGAUUCGGUUUUGGAGAAGAUGAGAUCGAAUCCCGAUUGGCUUCAGGUCAAUUAUGUGAGUAGUUUUAGCCCGUUUUUCGAAUAGUUUUGAUGAAAUCAGGACACGAUGGUGCUGAACGAUCCGGAAAUCGUGUCACUGAACCUUCCGGCCGUUACAGCAGUCGCAAACGCGCGAGACGUCUCACGACUAUUGUCGAUGAUUGUGGAAAAGGUCUGUUGUCUCAAAUAUUGUUCAAAUAUCCUCGUUUUUUUUUUGUAAAUUUACCCAUCCAAGAUCCGAAUCCAUUUCCAGGAACUAAUCUCGAACACAACACUCUCGCAACUCUCCACACCGACCCUCAACAGCUGGCAUCUCGAAAAAGUGACAAUAUGGCCGGUGAUGAAGGGACACGGCUUCUUUUACGAGAAACAUCCACUUGUACCGGUUGGUUUUUGGACUUUUUCUCGAAAAAUCACGUUUGGACUUCAAGACAACGUAUCUCAGCGGCGAGUGGAGAUUGCAAAAUGUUGUCAACUGCGAAAAUGUUCAUCGGGAUAUUUUGUACAUUUUCUUAGUUGACAACUUUUUGAUAUCUCCAACGGCAGCUGAGAUACAUUGCUCCUCUAAAAAAUGUGAACUUUCGACCAAAACUAUACCAACACGGCUACAAAGUUCCGUCUAGUGUCGUGGUGACCGCUCUCCGAGAAACGCUACAAACAAAUAGAGCAAAACUUGCUCAAAUAUUGUCGCAAUCCUCAUGAUGCCCCCCCUGCAGGGAUCGUUCACAUUCGGCCAUCCGGGCUACGGCGGCCAAUUCGUGCACAUGGACUCGCAAUCGGGACUCGCCAUCACAUAUCUGUCGAAUGGACUCAAAACGGGCACCGGCGAGCUUUGCGGCACUUAUAUGCGGCUUUUGAACGAAGUUUACAAUACGGUUAGGCGUAUUGAGGCGCUUUGA